AUGUCGCCUUCCCUGGUCGAUAUGCCGGAAUUGGUGAUGGAGAGGGUUCUGAAGUUUUUGGAUUUCAAAGCGUGCUUAACGCUCCGUCAUGUCUGCCGAGAUCUUCGGAACUUCAUAGACGACGAAGUCAACUAUUUCAUGCUACCCGAUUCGAAAUUUUCUAAAAUUACAGUAACCGUUGAGUUAAACAUUAUUCGCUUCAAAUUCACCGGGAGUCGAGGUUCGAUUUGGUUGACAUAUAACAUCCGUGAUAAUAUGUGCACUAGAAUGUUCAACAGUCAUAAAAGACUUCUGAUGGAUGUGGAUCCGGUGAAAGUUGCUGUAUGUGACUUGGAUCUAGUGUUGAGAUUCCAGAAGACUACGAUGAAAAGGAUAAUUUUUAACCUCCAAAACUCUGACUUGACAGAAAGUCUCACAAAUAUUCUGGAGCGUAGAAAGAGAAAAAUCAAAGUGGAGUCUCUCGUAGUCCUUGCUUCUCAGCCAUAUCAAAUUUUGUCCAUUGUCGAUGGCAAAGUACUGAAAGAAAUCGUGAUGAGACCUCACGUCGACCAGGAGGACUUCCAAAUUUUGGAUUUCUCGGAGAUCGUGGAAACUGAGCAGUGGAAGAAUGCAGAAUUGCUGGACGCCAGGAAUUUUAUAUUUCCUAAUGAACAUCUAAAAAAUUUGACUCAUUUCUCCAGAGCCAAUAUUUGGAUGCACCGAAUUUCCGUGGAGGAAAUAGACUAUUUGAAAAAUCAUUGUCGCAACAAUAUAGAAAUCCGACUCCAGCAACCGGCCUCUUCUGAAGAGCUAUCGAUAAAAUGGGGACCAUCAUGCCGUCGAAAUGUAACUAAAGAUGACUGGUAUUUCCGGACUCGAGAUGCUGAGAAGAUUUUGAGAAUUACAAAUGAUGAACGGUUUCGUGAUAUUGUUAUGAGUAUCAGGAAAAUGAGAGUAGGAAGUAUUCCAGAAAACGCGGAAAUUCUGGAAUUCUGA